GGCGAAACCGCUUUCAUUUCGCCAGUCUCGUUUGGCUCGCGAUUCGUUCUAGUUCGGUUUUCGGAGUGUUUGUGUUUUGAUUUUAUAUUUCCGUAUCAAAAGUUUUUUCCAGCCUUCUUCCAGUUAAAUCGAAAAUUUCAUUGGCAACUCUGGGUACAGCGAUCCGUCUGCGUCGUACGCCAAGGAGGAGGACCCGCGCGCGUCCAUUCACAAAGCUCUAUACAGUCUAGAGCGAACGAAAACACAGAGAUUCUCGUACUCUCAAGUCUCAGCCAGCCGUCAAACAAACGCGCGCGCCAAAGGAAACACGCACACAAGCUAACCUUUUUUUUUAAUAUUCUUCGUUCGUCCAGAGAGAGAGUGAGAACAGUAGAAACGUGCAAUCAUGUCUCUCAGUCAAGUACUAAACGUCAGCACGAAAAGUGCGCUAGCUGGAAACUGUCUGGUUUCGGCGUUCGCCAUUAGAACCAGAAGUGUUGGUCAGUUAGCAUCAACAACGUUGUUGUUAUCGCGAACCACGGAACAUCACCAGCAGCCGAACAGUAUUACCAUCAGUUCUACGAUCAACCCGCUCCCGACCGCAAGAAGAAACAUGACGACGACGGCUUGCGUACACAAGCCCUGCGUUACGCUGGACAACAUCAAUCCGGCGAUUAAGGUGAUGGAAUAUGCGGUCCGUGGACCGCUCGUCAUCCGGGCAGCUGCCAUCGAGAAGGAGUUGGAACAGGGUGCCAAGAAACCGUUUAAAGAAGUCAUUCGGGCCAACAUCGGAGAUUGCCACGCUAUGGGCCAGCAGCCGAUUACCUUCAUUCGGCAGGUCCUCGGUUUGGUUUCCUACCCACCGCUGUUCAAUGACAAAUCAAUUCCGGACGAUGCAAAAAAGCGGGCGCGUGAUAUUCUAGACGGUUGCAAGGGUGGUUCGAUUGGAUCGUACACCGACUCGACCGGAAUCGAAAUCAUCCGGCGGCAUGUAGCGCAGUACAUUCAGGAUCGGGACGGUGGCAUUCCGGCGGAUUACAACAACAUCAUCCUGUCGGCUGGUGCCUCCGGUGGCAUUAAGGUGUUGAUGUCGCUGCUGCGAUGCCCCAUUGAUGGCAAGAUUCCCGGGGUAAUGAUUCCGAUUCCGCAGUAUCCACUUUACUCUGCGACUAUCGCCGAGUUUGAGAUGGCACAGAUUGGGUACUAUCUGGAUGAGGAUAACAAAUGGGCCUUGAGCAUCACCGAGUUGAAGCGUGCCCUGGAGGAAGCGAAGAAAACCUGUGCCCCUCGGGUGCUGUGUGUUAUCAAUCCGGGCAAUCCAACUGGACAGGUGCUGUCGCGGGAGAACAUCGAAGAGAUCAUCAAGUUUGCGCACAGCGAAAAGCUGGUGCUUUUCGCCGAUGAAGUCUAUCAGGACAACAUCUAUGAGAAGGGUUCGAAAUUCCACUCGUUCAAGAAGGUCCUAAUGGAAAUGGGAGCUCCCUAUAACCAGAUGGAACUGUGCAGCUUUAUGUCAUGCUCAAAGUGCUACAUGGGUGAAUGUGGCAUCCGUGGCGGAUACGCCGAAGUCGUUAACAUGUGCCCCGAUGUGAAGGCUAUGUUGCUAAAAUGUCUGUCCGCACAGCUCUGUCCAACCACGAUCGGUCAGGCGUGCAUGGAUGUGGUCGUGAAUCCACCGAAAAAAGGUGAGCCAUCCUACGACCUGUUUAUGAAGGAGAAAAAUGGUGUACUGGAAUCGUUGAAGGAUCGUGCCAAGAUGGUGGCCGAUACGUUCAACUCGAUUGAGGGCUUCUCUUGCAAUCCGGUGCAGGGGGCAAUGUACGCCUUCCCACAGAUCCGGUUACCGCCCAAGGCGAUUGAAGCUGCCAAGAAGGCCGGCCAGGCUCCGGACGUCUUCUAUGCAUUCCAGCUGUUAGAGAACACCGGCAUUUGCAUCGUACCUGGCUCCGGAUUCGGACAGCGUCCAGGCACGUUUCAUUUCCGCACCACGAUUCUCCCUCAGCCCGCAAAACUGAAGGAGAUGCUGGACAUCUUCAAAUCGUACCACGAAAAGUUCUUACAGCAGUACAAGUAAGCAGCGGUUUUCAACCCGAAUCUUCACCUUUGCAAAGCAGUGCACAUAAUUAGUAACACUAUGCAUGAAAAAAAAACAGCAAUCUAAUUGCGAAUGGUCUAACCUUCCGCAGGAAGGAACUGAAGACAGAGAGGGAGAGACCAACUAUAAAAUUACAAAGAAAAAAAAACCUUAUCAUCUAAUAUCAGCUGCCAUCGGAGCAUGCCUGUGAUCCGGGUUCAGUUCCUUAGAAAAAGAAGACAAAAAACUGCAGCGGGAACAAAGCACUCGGCUGGAAAGAAAAAACGCAAAAAUUGGCAAACUCAUUGGCGAUGUCGAAAUGCAAAAGACAAUAACUUUACUCACAUAUAAAAACGGCUUUGUUCCUUGCAGUUAAUCGAUUGUAUGUAGUUUGUUCUCCUCAAUGUGCGUAUUUUAACGUGUUUCAUAUCGUUAUACCGAAAAAAAAACCACUGUGUAUAUACCAGCAUCACUCAGAAAAGAGAAAAAAAGUAGCUUUCUUUCAACAAGCAGUAAAAAUAAAGAUCGAGCAAUUAA